GCAUACUAGUAUUUUCAAGUUUGCUGCAGUCAUUUCAGAAGAAUGUCUACUUUAACCAACACAAAGACUGGCUUUUCUGUGAAAGACAUUUUAGAUCUGCCUGACACCAAUGAUGAAGAAGGCUCCAUUGCUGAAGGUGCAGAUGAAGACUCAGAUGGACCCGAACCACCAAAAAAAUCUGGAGUUUUAGGGCAAAGCCCCCUAGAAACAGUGCAAAGCUUACCUUUGAAAAAUCCUUUCUAUGACAGCACUGAUAACCCUUAUACUCGUUGGCUUGCAACAACAGAAAGCAUCCAAUAUUCGUUACAUGGAUUUGCAUCCAGCAAUUCCCAGCAAGACUCCUCGCCCAAAUCCCCAGAACCUUCUGCUGAUGAAUCCCCAGACAACGACAAGGAAAGUUCAAGCAACCCGGACUCUGGGAAGAAGAGGAAGAGGAGGGUGCUCUUCUCCAAGGCUCAGACUUACGAGUUGGAGAGGCGGUUUAGACAGCAGAGAUACCUGUCAGCACCUGAGAGAGAACACCUGGCCAGCCUCAUCCGACUCACCCCCACCCAGGUGAAGAUCUGGUUCCAGAACCACCGGUACAAGAUGAAGAGGGCAAGGGCAGAGAAAGGUAUGGAAGUCACCCCUCUUCCCUCCCCUAGACGGGUAGCAGUGCCUGUCUUAGUCAGGGAUGGCAAACCAUGUCACACCCUCAAAGCUCAGGACUUAGCAGCUACAUUCCCGGCUGGCAUCCCAUUCUCUGCAUAUAGCGCCCAGUCCUUACAACACAUGCAAUACAACGCCCAGUACAGCUCUGCCAGUAACCCCCAGUACCCAGCACAUCACUUGGUGCAAACCCAGCAGUGGACGUGGUGAACUUUACUCACAGACUGACCUGCUCCCAAA